ACUUACCUUGUGUCAAAUCAAUGGGGAUGAAUGCACCUUUACACCAAGUGAGGUUAAGGUAGUCAGUGGCUUGUUAUGAUGCGUGAAGCAGAAGGAGAUAGCUUUCUACAUACCGAAGAAUGUUCCCAAAAGGUCAGCGACACGGCAGAACGGCUCCGUCGCCCGCUCGAGAUAUACGUUGAGGAGCAUCGCGAGUCGGAGUGUGAAGACGAGGCGGCGGAGGCGGAGGCUGUCGCGAUGGUCGCGUGUGACCCGCUGUACGUGAAGCAGGAGCCGGAGUACUCGCUUCCGGAAGAUGCGGCCAGCUUGCCCGGUUUGUCAAAUGUAAAGGAGGAAGAGGAACACGGAGAUGCAGAGGAUGGAGAAUUUACAGAAGCAGCCUCCAGGAAUUCACGGUUAUCCCGUGCCGGUGCCGACGACGUGGGGGCAGACUCCGAGUACUUCUACUGCGACACUUGCUCGCAAGUCUUCACCUCCAAGUCGGACAUCGCGGACCACGUGCGGACGCACGCGGACGGUCACGUGUGCGGGCUGUGCGGCGAGGUGUUCGCCGCGGUGUCCCGGCUGCGGCGCCACCGCCCCGACUGCCCUGAGCGGCAGCUCGCCCUGGCGGCCGGCCGGCUCCGGGCCCCGAGGACGGCGAGGGGCGGUGGCAGGCGGGGGUCGGCGAAGAGGGGCGGCGACGGGAGCCGGCGCUUCCCCUGCGACGUGUGCGGCGCGGCGUUCUCCUACCGCAGCUCCCUGGACGUGCACCUGCGGCGGCACUCAGACGAGCGGCCGUUCGCGUGCGGUGUGUGCGGCGGCACGUUCAAGCGUUCGGACCAGCUGCGGACUCACUCGCGCCUGCACUCCGGCCACAGGCCGUACGCGUGCGACGUGUGCGGGCGCACGUUCACGCUGGCCGGCAACCUGGCGGUGCACGCGCGCCUGCACACGGGCGAGCGGCCGUACAAGUGCGACGCCUGCGGCAAGACGUUCCGGCAGGCCGUCUGCCUGAAGCGGCACGUGCGCGUGCACACGGGCGAGCGGCCCUACGGCUGCGGCGUGUGCGGCCGGCGAUUCACGCAGGGCGGCAGCCUCAAGGCGCACGCGCUGCUGCACUCGGGCGAGAAGCCGUUCGGCUGCAGCGUCUGCGGUCGCGCCUUCCGCCGCUCCUGCCACCUGCGCGACCACUCCAGGGUGCACGUCGCCGAGGCCGAGGCGCGCCAGCAGCAGCCGGCCGUAGGAGCCGGCCCGGAGAAACCCGGAGAGGAGGGAGCGGAAAAGUGACCCUGUGGAGCGGACACACUCUA